CUAUAUUUACAUGAUGAUAGUGGGGCUCUUAAGACUCAAGAGGAAAAGAUAACAUGAACCAUUUUUAAUAAUUGAAUACAUGAAACUUUCAUAACAUCAUAUACGGAGUAUGAAAUUGAGUAUUUCACAUAAACCAAGCCAAUUAGAUAUUUUAGUACCAACAAACAAAUAAAAGAAGAGAAAUGAUGCCAAAUAGGACCAAACGUUUGGGUAAAUACUUAAAUAGGACCUACUACUUUUUAAUUCUUAAUUAAAUAAGACUAAUUUUUUCCGUGUUACCAAAAUUACCCCUGUUUAUGAGACUUACGUUUUUCUCUCACGCCAAAGCAAUCUCUCCGUAACAACCUCGCCAAGACCUCUCUCUCUCCUUCAUCCAUAGCUACGCAGGGCAACCUUCAAGCCUAAUGGAGUAGUUGAGCUAUAGUGGCAUUGUAGAUGUGCCAAGACAGAGAAGAUGCAGUGUUGCAGCGUUCCGGCAGUCCGGCGGUGCAGCAGUCCGGCGGCUCGGCAGUGAAGCGGUCCGACGGUGCAGAGGUCCGGUGGUGCAGCGGGAGGCCUUGGUGCGUUCUCUUCUUCUCUCCUUCCUCCUCCUCUUCUUCUUCUUCCUUUCCUCUUCUCUUCUUCUCUUUUAGAUCUGGGAAUGUGCUGUUCUUUUUAGAUCCAGCAUCUGGGAAUGUCGGUCUUGCACUCUUGCCUACGUGAGGUGCAUACAUAUCUAGGAGGUAUCAACUUUUUUCUCAGAGCAGAACAGAGCCACGUUUCCAUGCCUACAGACGGCCAUUCAUUUGGGCCCAAAAGCUCUUACUCAUACACAACUACCGUCUACUAUGGUGAACGGAGUAUUUUACUGCUUAUUCUCUUGACGGUUUGUUUCAGAAGCUUCGAUCACUACAUUCCUCUCUGAGUUACUCUGUACACUAAGCACAUUCACUUUGCUGCUAUUUCACAGCCCUCGAAUUUCUUAAAAACCAUAUCCCUCCUCUCAUUCCAAGGUCUCUUGUAAUAUAUGGUUAUGGAUCAUUUCAUCGGAGCCUUGCCUGACUCCUCUACUAACAGUUUCGAGUGGGAGAAUGAGAUCAUUUUUUCUAACUUUAAACCAUCAGAGGACAUUCCAGACAUCUAUAAGCAUGCCCUUUCAAUGGCACAACAUCCCAACCUGGGUACACAUGCUCCUGCUUUGGACUCUGAUCCUGUGCUGGAUUACAUAAGCCAGAUGCUACUGGAGGAGGAGAGUAUUGGUGGGAACAAUCACAACAUGUUCUUUGAUCCCGUUGCUCUUAUAGCUGCUGAGAAUUCCUUUUAUGAAGCCUUGCAUGAUAACCCUUCCCCGCUUAUUAUUCAUAGCAAUCCUGGAAGCUCUUGCAGGUAUGGUGUUGAUCCAGAAGAACCCGAAUCAUGUGGGACAAGUGAGCCUCCCCCUGAUCUCGCCAUCCAAGCAUCACCCGAUGUGUCAGAUGAUCGUGAGUCCAUAUCUGACUUCAUGAGAGGUGUGGCGCAAGCUAGUAAAUCCCUUGAAGCUGCCCGUAAUCAGCGGGUCAUCGAUGAUUUGGAGAAAUAUGAGGAAUCACCGAGAGAUGUUGAUGUCACCAAGGUAGAGAAGGACCAUUCAAUGGAUUCAAACCGCAGAGGAAAGAAGCAUUAUUACCAUCCAGAAGAAACUGGUGUGGAAGAAGAAAGGAGCAGCAAGCAGUCUGCAGUAUGUAAGGAAGAGGUCGAGUUAUCAGAGGUUUUUGAUAAGGUUUUGCUGUGUGCUGAAGAUGAUGGUGGUGGGGAUAAAGAUUCAUCAUCUGGAGUGAGACAAAAAGGGCGAAGUGGUCACCGCCAUCUAAACAGACAGGGAGUUAAUUGUGAAACUGUCGAUCUGAUGUCUCUUUUAAUCAAUUGCGCACAAUCAAUUGCUGCCACUGAUUAUAGGAGUGCAAAAGAUCAAUUAAAGGAGAUCAGGCACCACUCUUCGCCUACAGGUGACUCAAAUCAAAGAGUGGCUAAUGUGUUUGCUAACAGUCUGGAGGUACGUUUGGCUGGAACUGGGUCACAGUCAUAUAAAGCAUUAUCUGGUAACGACCUCAUAGUCCCGGAGUUGCUAAAGUCCUACAUGUCACCUUUGCCAUUUAUGAGAAUGGGGCUUUUCUUUGCGAAUAAAAUGAUUUGUGAAGUAGCGUCAAAAGGUGUGUCACUGCACGUCAUAGACUUUGGGAUUCACUAUGGUAUCCAGUGGCCCACUCUUAUCCGGGAUCUUUCUCAAAGACGUGGUGGCCCUCCUAAACUGCGAAUUACAGGAAUCGAGCUUCCCCAACCCGGUUUUCGUCCAGAGAAGAUGUUAGAAGAGACAGGUUCCCGCUUGGCAAAAUGCUGCCAGCGUUAUGGUGUGCCAUUCGAGUACAAUGCGAUAACGAGGCAUAACUGGGAGACUAUUAAAGUUGAUGAUUUAAAGCUUUUGAGUGAUGAGGUGGUUGCUGUUAACUGUUUUCUUCGAUUUGAGUACCUGUUGGAUGAGACAGUAGUUACAAACAGCCACAGGGAUGCAGUUUUAAAUUUAAUACGGGAAGUAAGUCCUCAUAUAUACGUCCAAGCAACGAAUAAUGGACCCCACAGCUCUCCUUUCUUUGUCAAUCGGUUUAGAGAAACUCUCUUCUUCUACUCUGCUAUCUUUGAUAUGUGUCAGGCUGUUAUGCCACUCCAUGAUCAUGAUAGAUUGAAUUUUGAACAAGUUCUAGGACGAGAUAUAAUGAAUAUCAUAGCAUGUGAGGGUUUGGAAAGAUUGGUGAGGCCUGAAACAUGCAAGCAAUGGCACUCUCGCAUUUUGAGGGCGGGCUUCAAGCCGAUGCCCCUAAAACCUGAACUCAUCAAGGAGUUGAGACACAAGGUGAGGACAGGAUAUCACAAAGAUUUUGUGUUUGUGGACGAGGGCAACUGGAUAUUGCAGGGGUGGAAAGGUCGGAUUUUUGGCGGCAGCUCUUGUUGGGUUGUUGCAUGACAGUUUAACAACUACUGAUAGUAAGGGAGUAUUUGCAAUUGCUUCAACUUUAAAAAAUCGAUUUUUUAAAGUGAUUUUAGAGAAAGUACUUAAUAGUAAAAGUUGGUAGUGUUUGAGAAAAAAGUGAUUCUGAAAAAGUAAAAGUUGGUAGUGUUUGGUAAAAUAAGUACUUUUUGUGUAAUAAAAAGUUUGAGUUAUUCACAACAUUUACCCCUUUGGCCAACAUUUAUCAAAUUUAACUUCAUAAAUUGUUUCAAUUUGAAGAAAAUUUUCUAAAAUAUAUGCUUUAUAAGCCAACAUGAUUCAUCAUCAUAAUUACAAAUCAUUUUAUUUUAUCAAUCCUGGAUUUGAAAUAUAAGUUCCUUAUCAGACCUGAAAGAUAAAAUGUAUCGAUAUAGGGUCUCGAUGAUUUAAACCCAACAAUCUAAGACCUAAAAUAUCUAAUAAAAUUUCUAUGAAGAAAACAAAUCAUCAAAAAUUAGUAAUAAUAGAAAUAUAAAAAAUCAAAAUCUAUGAUAUUUUAGAUCUUAGAUAGGUCGAAAGACCUAAAAACAACGUCCUCCUCCUUUUCCUGGCGCGCUGUGUUGUUGGGUUAACUGAAACCCUCAUAUCCGAUUUUCGGGUCCAAUCUCUUCCAGCGAGCAGUGUUAUGGCAGACAUGUCUGAGGUGGCUGCUUCUACACAUUACCAAAUCGACCUCGGAAACCUAAUGGCUUACAACCCAAAUCACUGCUUUGCCUCGCCUCCCACUUCCAGGGAGGAAUUGGCACAGGAGGUCUUGCAGGAGGGAACUAGAUUAGUACAAGCAGUGGCUGAUUCCCUUUUCAAUUUACCUUCAACAGAAGACCGGGAUGGUCCCAUCGUCAAGUUACCCCCACCCAGAACAAGAUUGCCAAGAGCAAAACCUUUUCCAAAGCCUAUGCCUCCAACAAAAUGGGAGCAGUUCGUCAAAAAGAAAUGAAUAAAGAACCAAAAGAAAGUGAAGUUUCUUUUUGAUGAGCAAACUGGUACAUGGAAGCGCCGAUGGGGAUAUGAUCGUGUAAAUGAUGACAAAGAUAUAGCAAUUAUUAAAGCAAAGGAAACUGAUGAACCUGGAGAAGAUCCUUUUGCCAAGAGACGACAAGAGAAGAAGAAGAGAGUUGAUAAGCAAGAGAAAAAUAGAUACCAAAUCUUGAAAGAGGCUGCAAAAGUUGGAGCAUUGCCAAGCCAUAUUCAGCUUGCCGCUACUUCGUUACCGAUAACAGGGACACAGACUGUGCCUAGGAAAGUUGGCAAGGUUGAGCUAGGAAAUGUUGCUGGAAUGGCUGCAACUGCAACUGCUAGUGGUGGAAAAUUUGACAAGAAGUUGCCAGGAGAAAAACCCCUUAAACAUGACAAGAAGUUUCGCAAGUUUCUGCCUGUUGCAGAAGGAUCUGGAAUGGGCUCUCUAGAAAGACAGCAAACUGAUAAAGUGCUCAACAAACUGUUGUAAAAAAAUUCACAUGAAAUCCUCAAUGUUAACAAGGCGGUAAGCAUGUACAAUUUUGCCUAAUAGCAAAC